AAGGGCUGCAAAAGUCGCAAAAAUACUCGAAUAUUUUUGCGAAUUCUUUGUUUUUCCGCGGUUUAUUCGACGAUUUUUCGCCACGAGUUGAGAGUUUUAGGAACGCACUACAGUUCCGCGAAUCGUUCGACGAAUUCCGCGGAAUGUCUUCCAGAGUAGUGGGUUCGUGCGUGCCCGUGCAAAACCGUCGUCGUCCUCUGUGUGCUGCUCCCGCUGGGAUUCGCUAGGAGCAGGAAGGGCUGCAAAAUCUGAAAACAACGCCUUCCCGUCCUCGGAAACCCUCGCCUAACACGCUACUUGUGAGAAGUGAAUCGAAGGAAAUGUCUGCGUGCGGGACCUCUUAUCAUAAGCUCAUACGAAGCAGGUCCUUUCUAUAGAUAAACUAGUGCCCGGAAUUAGGAAAACAAUUGCAGCAGCCCCGGGAAACCACGAUAUUCCUAGAAGAUACCCAACAGGGACAGCGCCAUGGGCUGCAUCAACUCGAAGAAGGACGUAAACGAUGCGCAUUCCAACAUUUUCCACGUGAUUAACCUGGACGAUGAUGGGACGGAGCGAUGGAGCGGUCAGCUGGAGGUAUCGCGCACCGAGCUUACGCUCUAUCGGAAGGGCAAAGAUCCGACGACGUGGCCGCUGAAGUGCUUACGGCGCUACGGUUUCAAUGUGGAUCAGUUCAGCUUCGAGGCGGGUCGACGGUGCGCAACUGGCGAGGGCAUCUAUGCCUUCCGAUGCCGCAGAGCCGAGGCCCUGUUCUAUACCGUACAAUCGUACAUCCAGGGUCGGAUCUAUAACGACGAAACCACCAAUCCGAACGAUCCGUACCCGAUUCCAGUCGCUUCCAGUGGCCCAUCGGUGGCGGCUCGAAGUGUUUCGCAAAACAACACUGCAACCCGGAGCACCGGAGGUGGUGGUGGUGGUUCUCAGGGACAGCAAGGGCCUGCGAUGCAGUGUACGUUCGUGAUGAAUCGAACCGGCAUGGCCACCAGUCAGUCGCUCAGUCCGAAUGGUACGAUUCACUCCAACUCGAACCAAAGCCGCAGCACGGACACACUGGCCAUGGCCAUGGAGGGUAACUAUCUCGAGCCGACACCGAACCGCACGGGCACGGGGACUACCGCUGGUGGACCUACGACGGUGGUGCAACCACACACGAUCACCACACGAUUUCAGCAGGGAUUACGCCUAAGCUCGGUCAGCAGUGGUCCAAUUAGUCCGGAUAUAACGUCACCCGGUUCACCGAACAGCAUGACCAAUAUCCUAGAGGUCACGACACUCAAUCCUCUACCGACCUCUCAUACGAGCGGAAGCGUGCAUCAGGGUGUGAGUAAUCUAUACCAAGAGUUCCCGGUUAAGGACACGACGGCACUGCAGCAUCAGCUACACCUGCACCAUCACCAUCAUCAUGUGCAUCAUCCAAUUGGAGCUGGUAACGUCCUACCCAGUGGCAACCUUCCCGCCGGUGGCAUUCUGGUACGGACUUCAAUGGAUGUCCCACCACAGGAGCUAGCACCGGCCGCCACCGGCGCCGUCACUGGAGCACACAAUGCAUCAUCGGCCUUACUUUGCGAUCCUAGCAUAGUCGCUUCCACUACCGUCGAGUGUGGUGGAGGUGAUCUUCCUCCGUCUACACCAGACGGACUGGAUCCCGGACGAAUGUACAUGAAUGUAAAUAUAAGCGCCUCGGUCGGUGACGCCAAUGCCAAUGGAAUGAGUAGUUCCGGUAGUAAAGCUAAAAACGCGGCCACGUUCAGCAGUAAGAGCAACUCGAGUCUGAUUUCGAUUUCAAACUUCAACAACAACAACACCCACCACAGUACGGGAUCGUUCGAUGAGGGUCAGUAUCAGAACGUACGAACACCGACCUCCAGUGGACCGGCCCCAGGCGUCUGCACCACUGUGGUGAGUGCCGGAGCAGGAGCUGCAGGUAACAUAUUUGCUCAGUUUCACCGGUUGAACAGUAGCAACACGGUCACGGGACCGGAUCCGACACGAUUUUACGAGAAUCUAGAACCUGCCGAAUUGAAAGCGAGUCUUCUCAGGAGUGCUCCACGCUGCUCGAAGCCCGACAUUUUCAGUAAUGUCGAGUUACCACCGGUAGAGCAUUCGGAACCGUGCACUCCGACCACAACGGGCACUUCUGUCGCUGCUGCUGCCGCCGUCGCCGCUGGAGCACAUGUACGCAAGGUCAACUACAUCGUACUCGAUCUCGAUCAGUCCAGCUCAUCGCACAACAUUAGCGGGUCUACCGGUUCUAGUGGCAACGGAACCGGUGGCGUCCUCUCACCGACUGGUUCCGUACCGGGCGUUACUCUCAAUGGCAAUGGUAUACCGAAUGGAGGCAUUCUAAUAGGCAGCGGGGGUAGCAACGGUACGAGCAACGGUAUCAACAACAACAAUAACAACAACAGCACCGUCGUUAACCUAAACGGUGUCGCCACGACACCCCUCAUCGGAACGGUAACCGGAAUUGGCGCCGGUGAACGGGGCGUAGUGGUGGGAACCGUCGCUACAGUGGCCACCGUUGCCACUGGUGUCGGUUUGCUGCCGCCGGAGAGUCCGAAGAAAGCAUCGCUCGGGUACGCAACGAUCGAUUUCAACAAAACCGUCGCCCUCAGCAACUCGACCACACCGUCCUCGGAGCUGGACAGUGAAGGGUCUCGAAAAACGCGGCACAACUCCACCGUUACACCGCUCGCACGGCAAAGCAACUCCGUGAGCGAUUAGCCGUCGGUCUAAUCUGGUCGACAGUUGAGGAGCCCGGGAGAUUCAAUAGCGUACAUUAAUGUGGAUGUUUCUCUUUAAUGUUGUUUUUAGGAAAAUCUGAUACCAAAUUAUAUCCCCCUUCCCACCCCUGUUAUUAUCCCGAUCAAUCAGUGCAAUACGUUGUUCCUACCGCCAGCAUAACGAGAAAGAGAUCGGAAGAGAAUGUAGAGAAAGGAGUUUUUGAAGGCGAAAUGAUGAUAUUAGGCGAAUGAUGAUCAAACAGUAAUAAGUUAAUAGAUUCUUUUUUUUUCCUUUUUACUGUAGGCCACGCUAUUUAUAAUAACUGCAACUAUUUUGCAUCCAUCGCACGCAAGUUUAUCCAUGUGUGUGAGUGUGUGUGCUUAGUAUAUCAUUUUAGGCACCAAGAAAAGGUGCCAACUUUUAUUCUAUUCAUAUAUUUAUACAUAAGAUUUUAGGUGAAUUUUUAAAUCCAUUUUUUAUUGAUAUUAGUACAUUUUUACACCAAAUUUAGUCUUGAGAGGACCCCAAGGGCACAAACAAGAGUUGUUUUAGGUCAAUAUUAGAUAUAGUUUCAUUAGCGUAUUUUUUUUUUCAAUUAAAAACCCUUUUUGUCCCUUAUUAUCCAGAAGGCCGAUAAAACCGAGAAGCUGCCAAAGAACAACAUCGACACGCGAAAAACAGGGCAGAAGAAAAUGUUUCUAGACCGGAAUAAUGCUAGUUUAUGUUUCACUUUUCUAUCCGCUAGCAGUUAAUGGAAAUCCACGAACGAGCGAUCGUUUGCAAAAUGAACCAAAGCAGGGGCUCAAAAAUCGAAAACCGUUUGUACCAAAAACAAAGCAAAACAGAAAUCCUGAAGACGAGGGAAUGUAGUAGUUUGAAAUGUAACCACCAAAGGAUAUCGUAAGGAACGCCGGAACGUACACAGUUGUCGUUAGUUUUAAGAGCGGUGUGAAGCUAGAUAAUAUAAGGUGAAGUUAAUAUUAAAGCUAAGUGACGGUCAUAGCGUGUUACGGACUCAUCAGUCAGGUUCGAUUGACCCUGGGCCGACCGAUAAAAAAGACCGAAUAUGAUGAAAACCCCAUGUAAGUGUAGCCAAAAACCAUGUGUUAGCUAAGCGUAGGUGCGAGUACCGCGAUGAGAGUGUUGUGUAUUUACUAGCUAAAUGGGAAGUACGUGCGGUGGUAACAAAGAAGAGACACAACUACCAGUGAUUCGUUAAGUUUGUUCAUUUUAGAUUUGAACUGAAACAUUUAGCUCGUAAGAUUAUUAAUGAAAGAAUUCCCAGCGAAACGACUGCCGCUGGUCUCGCUGGAUUUGAAUGUUAAAGAGG